AGAGAGCGGAGGUUGUACGCCUCAACCUACUCGUUGCUGUCGUCGACCCCUCUGCGGCGCUCUGUCGCCUCCCUCCUCUCUUUUGCCUUCUCCUCCGGUUGUUAUUCGGUCUGGUGCAUCUCGUCCUGGUUGGCAACACACCACUAUGUUCUCCGGACAUAUCAGUCUACUCUGCCUCGCCACAACUGUACUAGCUACGCCUGCCAGGCUUGCAAGCGGGCUACAUCACAGACGACACGUCUCCCACGAAAGCAGCCCCUUUGCUAGAUUAUUCGCAGAUGUGCUCCCUCGCGAUGACUGCGAACCUGCCGAUCCACAGAAUACCGUCACCGACAGACUAAACACUCUUCUCAACUCUUCCGGGCCAGGAUACACGCUUCCAUUGUGUGCUGGCGAGUCGUAUUAUAUUACAGCGCCUCUGCAGUUCGCUGCCCACGACCAGGAGAUCAGUACAUGUGCAGACUGUGAUAACAUAAACUACAUCAACGGCACUCGCGGGACUAACGGGCCCACCAAUGGCGGCGCUAACAUUGAGAUGGGCGGCGACAACUCCGGGCAGCUCAUUGAAUUUGUACAUUCUUCGACCCUCGGGGCUGGUCGUGCCUGCACAUUGCUGAGGGGACCUUCAAAUGCAACAAUCAGACUAUACAGAACAACGACAUGGGCCUUGCGGACUGACGCAUUUCAGCAAUGGGCAGAUGGUAUCAGUAUCAGCUGUAUGAAUACUGUUGUACGCAACAACAUGGUCAAGAAUCCGACUGACGGUGGCAUCGUGAUAUUCGGAGCACCUGGCACACUGUCUUCACCAGAACACGCUCCUGGUGGCAUCAACAUGGUGGACUAUGACCCUUGGGCUGGAAACUACACAGGAACAGUUGUGCGGAACAACCUCAUUAUGGGUGGCUUCGCCACUAGCGAAGAGGAGCCUGGGGAGACACAUGGUGUGAACUCAGAAGACGUCAUCAUAAAGAUUGGUAUCGCGAUCGGCCCGCUAUACCAGAACGUCAGCUUCUCCGGCACCGUUCUGAACAACCAGCUUACCGGAGCCUUCGGCUACGCAAUGGCCAUAUCCUCCGCCCGUAAUUUCACUGUCCAAGGCAACUUGCUCACCGGCAACACUUCAUUCAUCGGCGGGCGCGGGCCCAACUGUACCGAGGGCGACACUGUCCCGAACCCCACGGCGUUCGUCAUCGACCCGAGCCUCCGACGGCGACGGCCUCACGUGUAUCCAGCCCCAGCGGAAGGAGACUAUUGGCCAUUUGGUGGCAACCCGUCGAACCCGGGCGCGGCGUCAUCCAAUUCGUCUUCGUCGCCGACCUCUUCAACUUCGUCCUCGUCGGGCGGCCUGUCUGGAGGCGGGAAGGCGGGUAUUGCUAUUGGCGUCAUCCUUGCUGUUGCUGCCAUCGCCGUGGCGACGUACGUCAUCCGUCGUUGGGCUCUUGCGCGUGCGAGAGCUGGCGGCGCCGAUCCCUGGCGCAGGUCAGGCUACCUCGGGAAGGGGAAGGAGGCUUAUGAACGUAAAGUCUCGACAUACGCCUACUCAUAG